GUCACCCGAAGUUGUCAUCGGCGUUUGUUGCUACAGGGGAUUGUUGUGUUGUGAAAAUGGCGACGCCUCGUCGCUCCCCUCAGAUUCUUUCUUCCCCACCCCGAACCUCCUCACUCCCGAUCACCCCAUCGGGCUCGCCUCCGACCCCGUCUGACGAUGCCGUGCUUCUCCCUCGCGAAGCUGCCGCGGAUGGUGAAGUUUCCCCGGCCUCACCCACAACAACAAGCAGCCCCCCAGCUUUGGCCCUCAACAGCGGCGCUAGCAGCUUCGCUAGCUCGCCGACCACCACGGAGGGCAGCGGGACGAGUGCAGCAUCGACGCCCGACACGGGUGACGGUAACGCGGGCAGCGGUGCCUAUGCCCUCGCCGGUCCGAACGGAGCUUUCAGGGAGCUGUUCGAAGCUUGUCGGAAUGGAGACGUUGUGAGGGUGAAAAAGUUGGUGGACACAGCGAAUGUGAACGCUAAAGAUAUGGCUGGACGCAAAUCUACACCCUUGCACUUUGCUGCAGGUUUUGGGCGGAAAGAUGUGGUUGACCACCUGCUUCAGACCGGUGCCAAUGUCCACGCCAGGGAUGACGGCGGCCUGAUACCACUACACAAUGCAUGCUCCUUUGGCCACUCCGAGGUGGUGUCCUUGCUGCUGUGUCAGGGCGCUGAGCCGAAUGCCCGGGACAACUGGAACUACACGCCUUUACACGAGGCCGCAAUCAAGGGCAAGAUCGACGUCUGCAUAGUUCUACUGCAGCACGGAGCCGACCCAAACAUCCGCAACACGGACGGAAAAUCCGCUUUGGACCUGGCUGAACCCUCCGCCAAGGCUGUGCUCACAGGUGAAUACAAGAAGGAUGAGCUGCUGGAGGCAGCGAGGAGCGGGAACGAGGAGAAGCUAAUGGCUCUGCUUACACCGCUUAACGUCAACUGCCACGCCAGUGACGGCCGCAAGUCCACUCCGCUCCACCUGGCAGCGGGAUACAACCGGGUGAGGAUAGUUCAACUGUUACUACAGCACGGCGCAGAUGUUCACGCCAAGGACAAGGGUGGUCUGGUGCCGCUACACAACGCCUGCUCCUACGGACACUAUGAAGUUACUGAACUGCUGCUAAAGCACGGCGCCUGUGUCAACGCCAUGGACCUGUGGCAGUUCACCCCGCUGCACGAGGCGGCGUCCAAAAAUCGGAUUGAGGUUUGCUCCCUGCUGCUGAGCCACGGCGCCGACCCCACCCUGCUCAACUGUCACAGCAAGAGCUCCGUGGACAUGGCGCCCACCCCUGAGCUCAAGGAGAGACUCUCGUACGAGUUUAAGGGCCAUUCGCUGCUUCAAGCCGCUCGGGAAGCUGACAUGGCCAAGGCGAAGAGGAGCCUGGCAUUGGAGAUCAUAAACUUCAAACACCCUCACACACACGAAACGGCGCUGCAUUGUGCAGUCGCAUCGCCCCACCCUAAAAGGAGACAGGUGACGGAGUUGUUACUGAGAAAGGGAGCCAACGUUAAUGAGAAGAAUAAAGAUUUUAUGACACCCCUACAUGUGGCUGCGGAGCGCGCUCAUAAUGACAUUAUGGAGGUGCUCCAGAAACAUGGCGCCAAGGUGAACGCUUUGGACACGCUGGGUCAAACAGCGUUGCACCGUGCGGCGCUGGCAGGCCAUUUGCAGACCUGCCGUCUGUUGCUAGGAUACGGGGCGGACGCCUCGCUGGUGUCGCUGCAGGGCUUCACCGCUGCUCAGAUGGGAAAUGAGGCUGUUCAGCAGAUUCUCAACGAAAGCGUCCCUGUCAGAAAUUCCGAUGUGGACUUCAGACUUCUCGAAGCUGCUAAAGCCGGAGACUUGGAUACUGUCAAGUCACUGUGCACGGCUCAGAACGUGAACUGCCGAGACUUGGAAGGACGACACUCCACCCCUCUUCAUUUUGCCGCCGGCUACAACAGAGUGCAGGUGGUGGAGUACCUGCUUCACCACGGGGCCGACGUGCACGCCAAGGACAAAGGCGGCCUCGUUCCCCUCCAUAACGCCUGCUCGUACGGUCACUACGAGGUAGCCGAGCUGCUGGUCAGACACGGCGCUUCGGUCAACGUGGCCGACCUGUGGAAAUUCUCACCGCUGCACGAAGCUGCCGCCAAGGGCAAAUAUGAGAUCUGCAAACUGCUGCUCAAGCACGGCGCGGACCCCAGCAAAAAGAACAGAGAUGGAAACACACCCCUGGACCUGGUGAAGGACGGCGACACGGACAUCCAGGACCUCCUGAGAGGCGAUGCCGCCUUGCUGGAUGCAGCCAAGAAGGGCUGCUUGGCCAGAGUGCAGAAAUUAUGCAGCCCGGACAACAUCAACUGUCGGGAUACGCAGGGACGAAACUCCACCCCUUUGCAUCUCGCAGCUGGCUACAACAACCUGGAAGUGGCCGAGUAUCUGUUGGAGCACGGAGCCGACGUGAACGCGCAGGACAAAGGCGGUCUGAUACCUUUGCACAACGCCGCCUCGUACGGGCAUGUGGACAUCGCCGCCCUCCUCAUCAAGUACAACACGUGCGUGAACGCCACCGACAAAUGGGCCUUUACGCCGCUCCACGAGGCGGCGCAGAAGGGGCGGACGCAGCUCUGCGCUCUGCUUUUGGCCCACGGGGCCGAUCCCACCAUGAAGAACCAGGAAGGACAAACGCCGCUGGAUUUGGCAACAGCCGAUGACAUCAGAGCGUUGCUGAUCGAUGCCAUGCCACCCGACGCCUUGCCCAGUUGUCUGAAACCACAGGCCACAGUGGUGAGUGCCAGUGUAGUAGCAGCAGGCGCCACAGGGGGCGUGGUCAUCUCUCCCUCGCCGUCGCCAUCAUCUUGCCUGUCGGCCGCCAGCAGCAUCGAUAACCUGUCCACGCCCCUCGGGGACAUCACGGUGGGCGGGGCCACCGGGACGGCGGACGGAGCAUCCGGCUCGGACAGGAAGGAAGGGGAGGCUCUACUGGAUAUGACCAUCAACCAAUUCUUAAAGAGUCUGGGACUGGAACACCUCCGAGAAAUCUUCCAGAGAGAACAGAUCUCACUGGACGUGUUGGCAGACAUGGGCCACGAGGAGCUAAAGGAGAUCGGAAUCAACGCCUACGGGCACAGACACAAACUCAUCAAGGGCAUCGAGCGGCUGCUGGGAGGUCAGCAAGGUGCUAACCCGUACCUGACCUUCCACUGCUCCAGCCAGGGCACCGUGCUUAUCGACCUGGCCCCAGACGACAAGGAGUUCCAGUCGGUGGAGGAAGAACUGCAGAGCACCAUCAGAGAGCACCGCGACGGCGGCAACGCCGGCGGCGUCUUCAGCCAGUACAACAUCAUCAAGAUUCAGAAGGUAGUGAACAAGAAGUUACGGGAGAGGUACUCGCACAGGCAGAAGGAGAUUGUUGACGAAAAUCACAACCACCACAACGAGCGCAUGCUUUUUCAUGGCUCUCCCUUCAUCAACGCCAUCAUCCACAAAGGCUUCGACGAGCGCCACGCCUACAUCGGCGGCAUGUUCGGCGCCGGCAUCUACUUUGCCGAGAACUCCUCCAAAAGCAACCAGUACGUUUACGGCAUCGGCGGCGGCACAGGUUGUCCCACCCACAAAGAUCGCUCCUGCUACGUUUGUCACAGGCAGAUGUUGUUCUGCAGAGUGACGCUGGGUAAGUCCUUUCUUCAAUUCAGCGCCAUGAAGAUGGCACACGCGCCGCCCGGACAUCACUCGGUUAUCGGGCGGCCCAGCGUCAACGGACUGGCCUACGCCGAGUACGUCAUCUACAGAGGAGAGCAGGCUUACCCGGAGUACUUGAUCACGUACCAGAUUGUCAAACCGGAAAGCGUGGCCACGCCCCCCGCCCCGGCCGAGCAGAAGUCUUAACGCACGCUCGCGUCGCAGACAGGAGCUCAAAGGCGAGACCUCUCACUAGGAUGCCCACCGAGCGAACAGCCUUUUUGGAGCCCAAGUGUGGCGGACCGGGCCAACGGGCAUCGGCGGUAAGAGUUGACGUUGCCCAAAGUGGCCGAGUCCACAAUGUAGCCGUUUGACUCUGUUACCGAGCAGAGCGAGGAAACUUUUUAUGUUACAUGAAGAGUCUUCAGAUGACGAGGGACCAACAUACACAAGGACCACAAUGGACUGCUAACAAACUCAAGUCACAUGUUGCUUUUCAAACAGAUAUGGAUGGGAAUUAAUGGCAGUUUGGCGUCAUCUGCGGUACUCCCCCUCUUGGCCACCAGGGGGCAGUAUAAUACAGCAAACCACAGUCAUCCGCUUUUUACUGAUAUAAACUACUCCUAUUUAGUCAGCUUUGGUGCCAUCUUGUGGAUACUUGGGGCCUUUCGGAAAGGGCACAAAAGGAUAAAAAAAAAGGAGAAUUUUGCAUCAGUGAGCGUCCAAGGAAAACCUGUGGACAAGCGGGGGAUUACUAUCUUUGAAUGUCAACUGUCUCUUUUUGUUUUGUUUUUGUUUUGUUACAUGAAGUUGCGACUUAAUUGCAAAAGGCCCGCUUCAAAAUUGGUCAUUUCUCCCCGGCGGGUCCAUGUUGGUGUUUACAUGUGCUACAUUCUUCAUGGUACAUUUCAGACUUUGCUUCUUUGACUCACAUUUCAAGGAGUUGAGUUUAGGAGACACUAUUGCAUAUCGUUGUGCAUUCAACUGUGUGACUAGUUUGUUGUCGUUACUUUCCACUUGCCGAAGAGGCAUUCAUUCCAUAUCCUUAAUAGCCAGUUUGUACGAAUAUGACAAAAUGAAAAUACAAGUAAGACACAGUGUGGGUAAUUGUUUAACUUGUGAGGACCAAGAGAUCGGCUUCAACCUGGUUAUCAAGGAGUUGGAAUAAACACCUUUGGCAUUUCAUUCUGUUGCAACAAAUCGGAGCACACAAAAGUCCAAAAGUGAGUGACCCGCAAACAGAUUAAAUUCUAAAUAUUUGCGUCUGUAAAUGAACACAAUUUAUGAUGAUGGAAAAUGCUAGCACGGUUAGCGAAUGUGCUAAUGAAAAUUCCUGUGAUAUAGGCAGCUAAAAAAAAAUAACCAACACAUUUUUGUGCCUCAUGUUGAUACUUUUUUUAAGCUAUUUUGGCAUUUUCAAGCUGCUCUCAUUUUUACACAACCCACACCCUUUUUAAAAUCAUGUAAUAGAGCAAGUAGUCAUAUUUGUUAUUGGCCCAGUGUCUAACAAAUUGGUAUGGUCAAUCAAAAAUAAUAAAUAUACUGAAGUA